AUGGCUCCUCCAGAUGUGUUGAUGGUUGGGACGGGCGAGUAUACCACUGGCUUCGUAGGAGGUGCCGCUUCCACCUCAGACAAGAAGGUGGGAGUCGUUGGCCUGACAAUGUUUGACCUACGGAGACGAGGGAAGGUCGGUAACCUGAGCAUGGCUGGGGUAUCAGGCCUAAAAUUUCCCCAUAUCAUUACUGAUGUCUACUCCAAACAUGGUGUAAAAGGGAAACAUCUCCAGACCAACAUAUCCGAGGUGUACAACGGGCUGUCAACUUCGUUUGAGUCUUACCCGGCAGAUGACAAGGUUGAUGCAAAUGCGUACAAGGCGGCCAUAGAUGCGUUAGAGCCUGGCUCAGCCAUCACGAUAUUUACUCCUGAUACCACACAUUAUGAAAUUGCGCUGUACGCUAUCCGGCGUAAGAUCCACGUCCUUAUCACUAAGCCAGCUACAAAGACUCUGGAGGACCAUCUUGAGCUUUUGGCGGAGUCUCGAAAGCAUAACGUUUUCGUAUUCAUCGAGCACCACAAGCGUUUCGACCCAGCAUAUUCUGAUGCUCGAAACAAGGCUCGAAGACUCGGAGACUUUAACUAUUUUUAUAGCUACAUGAGCCAGCCCAAGAGCCAACUGGAGACCUUUAAAGCAUGGGCCGGAAAGGACAGCGAUAUUUCGUAUUACCUUAACUCCCACCAUGUUGACAUAUGCGAGAGUAUGGUUCCGGAGUACACCCCAGUUAAGGUAAGUGCCUCGGCCUCAAAGGGAGCAGCUAUUGAGCUUGGCUGUGUAGAGGAAACUGAAGACACCAUCACUCUGAUGGUUGAGUGGAGGAAGAAAGAAGAGCCUUCGAAGGUCGCAACAGGC